AUGCUGCUAAUAACACAGCCUGAGGCUGAAUCUCAAAGUAGUUCACCCUUUGAUUUCAGUAAAAUUGUACAUGAAAACAAAAAGCAUGGUAAUAAAUAUCCUGAUGUCAUAUCCAGUACAUGUGCACUUAGAAUCGUUGGUGGUGUUAGCGUGCCAAUUGAGUCUGUUCCCUAUCAGGUUGCAUUACGCGAAAGGCAGUUAGGCGGGAUUUACUGGUUGACAUUUUGUGGAGGAGCCCUUAUUGCGCCAAAAUAUGUGAUAACAGCCGCUCACUGCUUUAGGUUUCGAAAGAAUAAAUAUAAUUUGAAAAAGUUAAUGGUUGCAGCUGGAACAACGCAAGCUUAUUCCAGUAUGUACUACAUGUUGACGUAUGAACAGUAUAGCAGAAUAAAGAAUUAUUACGAACACUCUGAAUACAUGUUGAAGUAUGUGAAAAACGAUAUUGCAGUAGUCGAGGUGAAUAAAGGAUUCAAGUUAUCGAAUAAGGUGAACACUAUACGCCUUCAUACCCCGGAUUUGAAUUUAGACCUUGACUCUGGUAUACAAUGCGUAGUCUCAGGAUAUGGUCUCGUAGAACGGGGUGAUUCCGGAGGUCCACUAGUUUGUAACGGAGUACUGGCUGGUUUGGUAUCGUGGGGAGGGAAAUGUGGGGAGAAGGGGGGAGUGUACACUCGUGUUGCGAGCUACGCGACAGGAAUGCAUGUGCCUUUCGUCGUAGGAGGCGGUGUGAGGACCUGUUUCGCGAUUCGGUCGGACGAGCUAAACGCGGCGGCGGGCGGGUACACCGGCUCGCCGUGGCCGCCGCUCGAGCUAGACCCCGUGGGAUGGGGCCGAAAGCUAUACCCGUCUGGGGCGCCAAGAUCUUCAGGCGGGUUGAUGUUUGGUCUACACCACCAAGAAGCGGCGGGCGGGUUGCACACUCAGCCUCGCGGGCCUGUCACCUCACUCAAAGAAGAGCCGCUCACCAGAGCUUGGAUGACACCCAGCUCUUUAGUUGACAAUACCAAUGGCGUAGGUGUUGGGCGAGCUCAUUUCGAAAAGCAACCGCCGAGUAACCUGCGCAAGAGCAACUUCUUCCACUUCGUCGUAGCCCUAUACGACCGAGCGGGACAGCCAGUAGAAAUUGAGAGGACUGCCUUCAUCGGAUUUAUUGAGAAAGACCAAGAAGCUGAAGGGCAGAAAACAAACAACGGUAUCCAAUAUAGACUGCAGUUAUUAUAUGCUAAUGGUUUGAGGCAAGAACAGGAUAUUUUCGUCCGUCUCAUAGAUUCUGUAACAAAACAGCCCAUCGUAUAUGAAGGUCAAGACAAGAAUCCUGAAAUGUGCAGAGUGUUACUAACACAUGAAGUUAUGUGCAGUCGGUGUUGUGAUAAGAAAAGUUGCGGAAAUCGCAACGAGACGCCAUCUGACCCCGUCAUCAUAGAUAGGUUUUUCCUGAAAUUCUUUCUGAAAUGCAAUCAAAACUGUUUAAAAAAUGCGGGCAAUCCACGAGACAUGAGAAGGUUUCAAGUGGUGAUAUCAACUCAAGUGAUGGUAGACGGGCCUCUUUUAGCGAUAUCAGACAACAUGUUCGUUCACAACAACAGCAAGCACGGCCGAAGAGCGAAGCGACUAGACCCCACUGAAGGUAUUGACGCCGCCGCUGAACAUACUUGUACGUUUUCAGGUCUAUACCCACCUUUACCUGUAGCAACACCUUGCAUCAAAGCGAUAUCACCGAGUGAGGGCUGGACGUCAGGGGGCUCAACCGUUAUCAUUGUGGGCGACAACUUCUUUGAUGGGCUACAGGUUGUGUUCGGGACUAUGUUAGUUUGGAGUGAGCUAAUAACAUCACACGCCAUAAGAGUUCAGACGCCACCGAGACACAUACCAGGCGUGGUGGAGGUGACGCUGUCCUACAAGAGCAAGCAGUUCUGCAAGGGCGCACCAGGGAGAUUUGUUUAUGUUUCAGCGCUCAACGAGCCCACGAUCGACUACGGCUUCCAAAGACUGCAGAAACUCAUACCGAGGCAUCCGGGCGAUCCGGAAAAAUUACCUAAGGAAAUAAUUUUAAAAAGGGCAGCAGACCUUGCAGAGGCAUUAUACUCGAUGCCUCGGAACAACCAACUGGGCUUAGGAGCGCCUCGAUCCCCGCCAGCGAGUAUGCCCUUCAACUCUUACACCGGCCAGCUCGCCGUCAGCGUUCAGGAUACCGCUGCGUCACAGUGGACUGAAGAGGAGUACGCUCGUAGUGGCGGGUCGGUCUCGCCGCGGUACUGCUCCGCCGCGUCCACGCCGCAC